UUAUAGUAGUCAUCAUCGCCAUCCCCUGAAGUUGGGCAGCCUGUGGUACCCAGUACCCCGAGCUGCUGCUGGACCAAACGUGUAGCCAUUGUUAGGAGCAAGGACACCCCGGACAACUCUCACACAAGCGGGACCGAGCCUUCACCGGACCCCGCCGAACACCCACGAUUUUGAAUUCUGACCCCAGUGCACCUGGUCAGGCUUCCUCUUCUCUGAACUCAGCUGUCCUCCUGCGGCGGCAUUUGACUUCAUCUCCUCCUUCAUCUCCAUCUUCGUCUUCCUUGUGAGCAGAGAUGGCUCCAGCGGUGGGUGGGCCUGUGGGGUACACCCCUCCUGAAGGUGGCUGGGGCUGGGCGGUGGUGGUGGGGGCCUUUAUCUCCAUUGGCUUCUCCUACGCUUUCCCCAAAUCCAUCACCGUGUUCUUCAAAGACAUAGAGGUCAUCUUCGACGCCACACCCAGUCAGGUGUCCUGGAUCUCAUCCAUUAUGCUGGCUGUCAUGUAUGGUGGAGGUCCAGUCAGCAGUAUCCUUGUGAACAGAUUUGGCAGUCGACCAAUCAUGAUAGUCGGUGGCUGUCUGUCAGGGUCGGGACUGGUAGCGGCCUCCUUCUGCAACACCGUGGAGCAGCUCUACUUCUUCAUCGGAGUAGUGGGAGGUUUGGGACUGGCAUUCAACUUGAAUCCAGCCCUGACUAUGAUCGGUAAAUACUUCUACAAGCGCCGGCCCAUCGCCAACGGCAUCGCUAUGGCAGGCAGCCCCGUGUUUCUGUCCACCCUGGCUCCACUCAACUCCUGGAUGUACGAUCAGUUUGGGUGGAGAGGCAGCUUCCUCAUCCUGGGAGGACUUCUGCUCAACUGCUGCGUGGCCGGCUCCCUCAUGCGCCCCAUCGGACCCAAACCUCAGCCGCCCAAACCGGACUCGGCGGAGGACAAGGCGGUGGACUCAGUACAACCACAGCCUAAGAAGACAGUCCUGCAGACCAUCAACUCCUUCAUUGACCUAACGCUUUUUAAACACCGCGGCUUCCUGCUUUACCUGGGUGGCAACGUCAUCAUGUUCUUCGGCCUCUUUGCUCCGCUCGUCUUCCUCUCCAAUUUUGCCAAGAGUAAGGGCAUCAGCAAAGACAAGGCAGCCUUCCUUCUGUCGGUGCUGGCGUUCGUAGAUAUGGUUGCCCGGCCCUCCAUGGGCAUACUGGCCAACACCAAGUGGGUCCGGCCCAGGAUCCAGUACUACUUUGCCGCUGCUGUCUUCUACAACGGAUUGUGUCACGUGUUUGCGCCGCUGUCAGUGGACUACGUUGGAUUUGUGAUCUACGCCAUCUUCUUUGGUUUCGCUUUUGGCUGGCUGAGUUCGGUGCUGUUCGAGACACUGAUGGACCUGGUGGGAGCUCAGAGGUUCUCCUCAGCCGUGGGUUUGGUUACAAUAGUGGAGUGUGCGCCGGUGCUGUUGGGUCCACCACUAACAGGUAGUUUCUAUAGCUAUUACGAACACUACAACUACACCUACGUCUGCUGUGGCAUCAUCCUCCUCGUCUCAAGUGUCCUCCUCUUCGUGGGAAUGGGCAUCAACUACCGCCUGCUGGACCGAGAAAGGAAAGAGGAGGAGAGAAGAGACAGGGAGGAGCCCAAGGGGGAGCGCGAAGCCAUGUUGGCGCCUGCCUCUCCGUCAAAAUCCAUCGAGGGGGCAACGGAGAACAGCACACCGGCGGCUGUCACACUGGCUGAAGUCGCCAAGAUGGACGAGGACACUGUGUAGAAAAUUUGAAAAGAAAUGGACUUCAGAGAAACAUGAGUUGCAGUUACUCAGUACAACCUCACACCGUCUUUAUAGAUAGAAAAUAACCUCUUACACGACCCUGAAGCCAUAGAAACAGUUUUCAUUAAAAAACAGACCUGCUGCUGCGACGCUCAGCUUAGCUGACUGCAGAACUCGUCAAGCAGCUUCUCACUGCGUUGAGACCUCUGGUUUUGGUAUUUAACGUGCCUUUGGUAAACACAGGUCCUUCAGGAGCGCACACACCAGAUAGACGCACAACAGGCAGAAUGACUGUAAGAUAAAAAGCCAGUAAACUAAUGAGGACUUAACUCUCAGGAUUUUUGAGCUACCGUAAAGGUUCAGAGUUUUUGUUGCAGUACGCAGAGAUGCUGUAAAUCUUCCCUCACAUACUAACACACUCACACUUGCACACAUUCAUAUUAAUGUCGAUACAGUAAAUCCGCUCACAUGCUAGAGUGUGGAGUCGCUGACAUUUCCAGGUUUUUAUGCAGAAGAAAAGAACACAAAAAUAGAAAGGACGGUUUUGGAAUUCUGGAAGUUCACCACCAGGGAGAAGUACUUCCUUUUUUGUCGGCAGUAGUGAAAUUUUUAACCCUUAGUCAACGACAAAAGGCACAAAAAUUGAACGGUGCUUAAAAAUACAAAGAUAAACGAUGGGAAGGAAGUUGAAAACUGAUGUAUCUUUUGGUCUAGAAGGGCACAACGCUAGCGGUGUAGAAGGCAUUGUUAAUGGUGUGCUUGUACAUAAAUACACUUGUGCACUUUGAGUGUGUGUUGUGAUGUUUUUGUUUUUAAUCAUGCACCCACCAACCAGAGCAGCUCAUCAUCUUAUACUGAGACACACAAAAUUGCUCACACAGUUCUGAUCCUCCACCCCACAGGUUUACCAGCAGGAUGAGACCACUUGCAGUAUAAAAUGACACCACACAAUGUUUUUUUUUGGGGGGGGGGGGAUAAGAGGCUGUGAUUGUACCAGAUCAAUGGGUUUUACCGGGUUUUACUGGGACUUGCCCGGCUCCUAAUUUCUCAUCAUUUUGGAUAAUAGUUACCCUAGUGUUGUUUUUAAAAUUGUGAAUAACACAUUAUAUCAACAAACCCUUUGUAAUUAAAAAGUCUAUUUUAACUCACUGUUAAACGAUAACCUGACAAGUAACCUUUUUAUUAAUGUAUUUGGAUGAAAGGUAAAGUGUGUGUGUGUGUGUGUGUGUUUGUAGAAGUUUAAACUAGGUUUCAUCAUUUCAUGUGACUGAGGUUCAGCCGCUGCAGUAUCGGCACGUUUGUGUGUAACUGUACAGAAUGUGUCAUAUCGGAGCCACAAUGUUUGUUCAAUAUCGAUCAGACUCAUUGAUCAGUGACUGGGUUUACUGCCAACAUGAAGAGCACACGUUUGUCCGAGAAGCUUUCGUUGACAGUUUUUGUGAAUCACCAUUAGCACGCAGUGUAGUUAAUUUUGACUCAUUUUCACUGUCCUGCUGCUCACUGUGUAUUCAUCCGCAGCAGCAAAUAGUCUUGAGUAGAUGGACUAACACAUUGUUGGUUUUGAUCUUUUUGUUAUUUGUUGACAAUGACAAAACUGUAGAAUAUUGCCAGCUUUAUCCUUUAUAUUCUUAAAUUCAAAUGAAAGAUACAACUGUUAUGUUUCUGUAAGGGAGCACUACUUUCUUUAUACCUGCCGGGUGGUCAUUCAGUCAAAGAGUUCCCUCUUCACAUAGAAAAAUGCCUCUGUGCAGAUCACAUAGUCUGUUUUAAGUCUGUGAACGUUUGGAAAGGUGGUGUACUUUGACACUGGAUGCUACCUUUUUUUUGUUUGUUCAAAAGAGUUAUUAGAAAUUAAUACUGACCAAAUCUUAAGUAUUAGUUUUCAAACCAAUUCAUUGCAAAGUAUAGGUUGUCUAAAAGUAAAUGUUUGAAUUUGAGUUUGACAAGUAUUUUUAAGUUAUUGUUGGUAGCAAUGGGAGAAUAGUUUUUAUCCACGUCUAGUACAGACAUGAAU